CAUGCUUUUAUCCCUCCUCCAAACACGCACACGUUCAUCACCAAGGAACAAAGAACACCACACAAGAAACAGCAGCAUGCUGGUAUCGGAUUUAUGCGCCCGACUGGCUCCGCCCUGUUUGACGACUCUAAUUUUCCAUCUUCUCGUCAUCUGCAUCUAUCAGCUGGCGAGUAGUUUAAUGGUAGACCUAGUAGGCCGUACCUUGAAGGAACAAACAGAAGCAAGAAAAAAAAAAGAGAACAUCCAUCCACGUAACCCACGCAUUCAUUGGCACUUUUUUUAACUCAGAUAUCACUCCAUACCACCGCAUUCCACAAAAAAAUAACAAGUCGCACGCCCAGAGCAAAAGGCCUCACACUCCAUACAUAUCAUUAGCACUAGACCUUGUUUAAUAAGCCACAGCCCCAAUCCGGGGCCUUGCGACAACCACACACCCCCCUAGCCGGCAAGACUUCGUCGUCCGCCCACACCAGGCCGGCUCCCGACUGGGUUGUGGUGCUGGUUGUUAAUCAUAGCAAAGGCGGCUCCAGUCUUAAUACGACGGCUCUCCAUAUGCUAUUACAACACUGGCGAUAUAACCUAUCUACCCUGUCCUGCACUCUGCUCCCCGCCCAAACCAGACCAAACUUUCAAGCCCAUAUCCAUUGACCAUUCCCAUCUCAUCUCCAAUUCUGUGACCGGUUCCCGCAAUCCCUCCUUGAACCGCGUUUCUUUUAUUCUGCUUAUCAUACCGGCGGCAUUGUUCUGAUCGCCGGGUAAUCGACACUGCUCUUCUUCUCAUUCUCUCCUGCGACCACAAUCGACCACUUCUCUGAAACCUUGUAAACAGUUUUUCGAAAAAAAAAAGACGCGUCUCGAAUACAGCCGCGGAACGAAGCCUCGCUUCCGGUCAUAUUUGCAGAACCCGCAUCGUGCUUCCGCAAUCUUUGUCGCCGUCUGCUCUCACUCGCGAGCCAAGUCUAGCCUGGGCGUGGACUUCUGAAGCAGCCGCAUACGCGCUCGACUGGGGAGAGCUACGCUGUUUUAGGGACCGGAACUUGGUGGCCAAGACCAACGACGUCGUGCGAUUCCCUUCUCGAACUCGAUUCGGAACGACGACAGACUUGAAAAGGCUAGGUUCUGGCUCAGGAAUUAGCUUGUCGCCGGCGCGCGAGAAAUUUUUACUGAGAGCGCAGGAAGCGCGGAGUCCAAAAGAACUUGCCAGAAGUUGCGGCGCAUCCAACUUCAUCCCGGCGCUUGAACACGAACUUGCAAUCACGUCUUGUCGUUGACCAGAAAAAAAAGUGAGACCCCACCUCCGAGAUCGCCACCACCCGGAUUUUCAGGCAGUCCAACACCUUCUCGACGUUACCCGCGAUAUAUUGAGCACGUGGUAAACCUGCCGCAAUCUCGGCCCAGUCACACCACACGCGCAUAAUCAUCUAGCGAGUACCUGAUAGAUCCGGAGCUCUACUCAGGGUAAAGUCGAACAUUCGACUUGAACUGCAACAUAACAACUACCUGGAAGCCCUCACGAUAUUCUGCUGGGUCGACUGGCAAAAUACAUCAUACUUGCCUGCAGAGAGACAACUAGCACUGCGCAGGUAGUAUCCUUGACUGUUGGAGACGUGCUGCGUGCGCUUUGCCUUGGGCCACCAAAUCCAAAGCACGACGAACUAGUAGAAGGAGGGCAGCAUCACGGAGAUAACACUGGACGAUACUUGUCCGCAGCCUCUUGUACUUGUAAUUGUACUCUUUGGCAUUAUUAUCAGAUUAUCAAUCUUGCUGAUUCUCGCUUCGACAUAAACCCCGCGAAGAUCUACAACUCAGGCACAUAAGUUGUUGGGCGACCCAGAAACUUGAAAGGCUUUAAGCGACUUAACCUACAUUUUGGGACCAUAUUGCAAUAGCUACGUUGUCUGUUUGUACUUGUACAACCAUUUUUAAUCAACAAGCAAGAAAGCCGAGACUGUCAGAAACGAUACUGUCUCGACCACACUUCCGCAACUGCUACAGGGCAGUAUCCAUAAGCGCCUAGACAUACACGAUUAUUACGCCCAACGGUGGACUGGGAUGCGAUAAUAUACGUCAGAGUUGCUCGGGCUUUCUUUCUCGGGAAAGAGGAUACAAAGCAAACAUAAACAAGCUGUACCGCGACUAUUCCAUCCUCCACACUGGCUCUUAUGUCGCUUCCGAGCAUUGGGUCCGUAGGAUCGGACAGGAUGGCAGCAUACAUGCACGGGCAACAAGUUUAUACAGGCCAGUUUGGCGACCCAAACUUGACACCACCGCAGUCGGAAACACAGAUGUCAGCCCAAGCAUCUGCACAAGCGGUGGGACAAGAACCGGAGUCCGACUAUAAACUCGUAAUACGCCAGGAGCCUCAAAGAGCUCGGGUUGCACAAGGGAAGGAGAAGGACCGAAAGCCGAUCGACCCCCCGCCCAUUGUCCAGCUAAUUAGGACAACUCGGAGCGACCCUGCUCAGAUAUAUCUCCAAAGCCCUUAUUAUUUUAUGGCCUGCACGUUAAUCAAAGGGAGCGAUGACGACCCCGAUCCAAACCCGAAUUCGAUGCUGGGCACAUUAGUUUCCUCGCUUCACAAGCUCCGAGACCUCAACAAUGAAGACGGCGGGUUCUUCAUCUUUGGCGACCUCUCGAUCAAAAUCGAGGGGGUGUUUCGUUUACAGUUUACUCUGUUCCAGAUGAAGGAUUCGACGUGCGUUUUUCUGGACUCUGCUACGUCACAGCCCUUUACAGUCUAUCCCCAAAAGAACUUUGAGGGAAUGGCCGAGUCGACCUUCCUCACGAGGUCCUUUAGCGACCAAGGCGUAAGGCUACGGGUUAGGAAAGACUCGAGAGCAAUGACCACGCGCAAGAGGAAUCAUCAACACGCCGAGGUUGCCAAGAAGCACUCGGAGUGGGACAGGAAGCAGACAUCGGCUGUAUCCCGGCACAGCAGCAUCAAUGAAAACGAUAGCACACCGACGGAUGCGCGCGGACCGGGGUCUUUUGCUGCCACCGGUAGCAGCGGGUAUUACGAUCAGCACCGCUCACACUACGGCGAGACGUACGGUCACGACAAUUACUACGGCGCGGGGCGGUCAGUCAAGCGCGCGAGGCACGAGGUCAGCCCGGGGCAGUAUGCGCUACCUGAUCUUCCCCAACAAACAUACGCCACGAGGCAACCCACCUUUUCGGACUCGGUCGCGUCCAUGACUAUGCCGCCCGUGACUACGGCGGCACCAUCACUGGCGGGCAUUAACCCAAUGAGUAGUCACCAUGGGUACACGGGAUCCGCGCAUCCUGGUUUUGCGCCUCAUCGUAUCAACACCCAGGUCGGUGGGUCGCAUCUGGCUCCCCAACCUCACUCGGCCAUUGCCUCGGUAACCCAGGGGUACCAAUCUCCCAGCACGCACCAUCAGCCCCAUCCACAUACGGCACACCCAGUCAGCGGCCAGGCCUACCCAUCUCCUUCUCCUCGCCAGUCACCGGGCACCGCGCCGAACUAUCACUACGGCUCGCACCACUCUCAACAGACGCCCGUGUCGCUUGGACUCGAGACUUAUACGUCGGCGGGGGUUGUCGGGAUGCCAGGCCCGGGUCAGCUGGUGGGCACCUCGGCUCCGAGCCCACAUCUUGGACAGGGCUACAGGCAUGGUAUGGUGAACGAGCCUGGGGCUUGAGUGGGGGCUUGUUCAUCGGUAGAGAGCCCGGUUUCGAUUCUUGAACACCAAUUCGGGAUUAAAAACUUUAGUUUGGCAUGUCACUCUCUUGUCGAAAGGGAAUCACCUACUCGGCAGAGAUCUUGAAGCGCAUUUGUGGAUCUGUGGAGUUUUUUGGGGGGGAAGGAGGGUUGCUUUGUCUUUUUAUUUUGUCCUUCACUUCAUCAGCUCCCGUCGAAUGUAGAGGUUGGUGAUCCUGGUUGAAAUACCUUGGGUACUGCUCUCGUUUGACUCGAAGCUUUAUUUCUGGUAUACAUUUUAAGGCAUCUAGCACACAUAUGGGGAGGAGGUCAUGGGCUUGUCGUCAUUGAUGUUCUGCAAAAUACCCCCUUUUUUGUCACUUGGUGGGCAAUUCUUAGAAACGUUUCUUUUCUCACCUUUCUUUUCUCAUACAUAGUUUUUUUUUUUCACCCCCUUGUUUUAAAAAAAACUCCAACUCGACUAUUAAC